UCGUCCGAUCCAUUCACCUUUAAAAGCAAUAAAAGCAGCAAUGGCAGUAGCCAAACACAUACAAGUCGUAGUGACCCGUCACAUCGGAGGUCUAACCCUGACUUAGAGCUAGGAGACGACUAGGCUAUAAACGGCCAGGAAUGAAUGCUGCCGAAUUGGCCAUGUGGAAGUGGGUCAAUGUUGAAAACUUGGAUAAUUUUCUAACCAGGGUAUACGAUUACUAUGUUGGCAAGGGCAUUUAUACGAUUCUACUCGAAAGGUGCUUGAACCUAUUAACGUUUGCAUUUGUUAUUGGAUUCGCGACAUUCUUGAUUGGCUGUGUUGACUAUCCCAAGCUGCGACACUCAAAAAACAUGGACCAGAUCUUAAUAUCCCAAUGUUUUCAUCAGUUGCCGACGGGAACUUUUAUCCUGCUGUUACUCUUCGCCGCGUUUUGGGUGGGUCAGCUGACGAGGCUCAUAUAUGAUAUUCCAGAGAUGGUCGACAUGUGUAAUUUUUACACUUAUCUUCUCAUGAUCCCUGAUGCAGACAUACAAACUGUAUCAUGGCAUGAGGUCGUCAAUCGAAUUAUCAAAAUUCGUGACGACAAUCCCAAUACUACUACAGCAGCCACUAUUCAGACAACUGAUCGACAGCGCAUGAAUGCUCACGACAUUGCAAAUAGAAUUAUGCGCAAGGAGAACUACAUGGUUGCUAUAUUUAAUAAGGAGCUCAUUAAUUUGUCCCCCCCUGUGCCAUUACUCCGUAAUCGCACGAUCCUGACGCGUAUUCUAGAAUGGAGCCUGAGUUUUUGUAUUUUGGGAUAUGUUUUUGACGAACGUGGUCAAGUCCGGAAACGCUUUCUAAAGGAUACUCGACGGGGGGAGCUGGCUGACGGACUCCGGAGGCGGUUUCAAUUCAUGGGUCUUGCUACUAUUCUAUUUUCUCCCUUCAUAUCGAUUUACCUUAUGUUGUACUUCUUCUUCCGUUACUUUGAGGAGUAUCACAAGAACCCAAGCUCAAUUGGCACUAGACAGUAUACUCCACUGGCAAAAUGGAAAUUCAAAGAGUUUAAUGAAUUACCACAUCUAUUUGAGGCUAGAAUCAAUGCUAGCUAUCCAUUGGCAAUGAAAUACAUCAACCAGUUCCCAAAAGAAAAAACGAUUUUGGUUUGCAGAUUCGUUGCCUUCAUUUCGGGCUCCUUUGCAGCAGUCUUGGCGCUUUUCACCCUGUUCGAUCAAGAUCUCCUACUUGGCUUUGAGAUCACUCCAGAAAAAACAGUAUUCUUCUAUCUUGGACUUUUUGGUACGAUGAUGGCAGUCAGUCGAGGCAUGAUCCCUGAUCAAACAGAGAGCUUUGAUCCGGAAUUACUCCUCCGUGGCGUGGUUGAACACACGCAUUAUAUGCCAAAUGAAUGGCGGGAUAAACUUCACACUGAUGAGGUCCGGAAAGAGUUCGCUUUGCUGUUCGAGUACAAUGUAGUACUAUUCUUGAUGGAAUUCAUGAGCCUUGUCUUGACUCCGUUGAUCCUCGGCUUCAGUUUACCAGGUUGUAGCGAGAAGAUCGUUGAUUUUUUCCGUGAGUUCACGGUCCAUGUUGAUGGUGUAGGGUAUGUCUGCAGCUUUGCCGUGUUUGAUUUUAAAAGGCAUGGCAACGUUAAGUAUGGAGCACCUGCUGAUUUCAAAAGAGAUGAGCGAUUUAUCUCUAACGAAGGAAAGAUGGAAAAGUCGUUCCUGAAUUUCAAACAAAAUAAUCCUGAUUGGGAACCAAAUAAUCCUGAAGGAUCGAUGUACUUAUCAAAGCUAGUAGAGUCAGAGGCGGUCCCUGCUCGGAGUCGGCGUCCACAUAACAACCACCACCACCGCGCAAGCGAUCACAUGCAACCACCAUUUUCGUUCGGGCAGAAUUCGACAUUCCUGAGGCAUAGAGGCCCUGCAGUAGGGGGAAAUUCACUUUACUACCAAGGCAGAAACCUCUAUCAUGACCAAAAUAGGAACCAAUUCGACGGUGCUGCCCGUACAAGGGAUGAUGGUAGAAGCGAAGAUGAUAUGGACAGCGAAAACGAUAUCGAUAAAGCGCGAAAAGGUAGUGGACAAGUCCCUCCUUCUACGCAGCAGGGUCGUGAACAACGGAAGCGUCAGUUUAGAAGAGAUACUGGGAUCGAAUCUACAGCAUUUGAUUUAGAUGACCGGCACGGAGAUCAGCUGUCCUCAAACUCCGGAUUCCCUACAAACCUUGGCGAUUCGUUCGUAUCAGAGAUUGGACAGUCCACUGGCCGUACUAGAACAGGAUCUGGAAGAAUAGGAAAUCGUGGGGACGAACGAGGAGAGAAAGGAAAGGGCCAUAAGGAUGAUGAUAUGUCUGACGUAGAGAAUGAGCGUGAGUCACAAAAGAAGGGAGUGUUUGGUCUGUUGAACCAAAUUUACGAAAUGAACAAUGUGACAAUGUAAUUCUGAUAAGAGGAAGCCUUCACAGUGAAAGUUUAUGCGAGGUUAUCCUAGGUGAGAAUGAAGCCUAAAAGGCUUCUAAAAAAGGGGAGGUACUGAGAUAGUUGUUGUAAAUGAAAUGGGGAUGAAUCAAGUAAGGUAGCGGGGAAUAAUUUCUUGUUAAAAGUGGGAUUGCGAACAGCUCUUUCUAUCAAAUAAACUGUGUUAUAAAACUGUACUUAG